GGAGGACUGCCCGGACCCUAUUUAGGCAGGGACACUUGGAUCCCUAGAUCCCCACCGAUCGGAUCCCGCAGCUCUUUGCAGCUAUGGCCUUGAAGCUCUACCUGGACUUUAUCUCCCAGCCCUGCCGUGCGGUCUACCUCUUCGCCAAGGUUAAUCGCAUCCCCUUCGAGGUGCAGAGCGUGCAGAUAUUCCAGGGGCAGCACAUGACUGAUGACUUCGCCAAAGUGAACAGCCUGAAGAGACUGCCGGCCAUGAAAGAUGGAGAUUUCACCUUGGCAGAGAGUGCAGCCAUCCUGCACUACCUGAGUCAGAAAUACAACACCCCAGCUCACUGGUAUCCUCUAGACCUGCAGGCCCGGGCACGGGUUGAAGAAUAUCUGUACUGGCAUGCUGACUCCAUUCGAGGCACAUUUGGCUCAGUGCUAUGGAUUCGGGUGCUGGGCCCUCUCAUUGAUGUCCACAUCCCCAAGGAGAAAGUGGACAGGAACAUAGCCUUCAUGAUGCAAUCCCUACAACAUCUGGAGCAGAAGUUCCUGCAGGACAAACCCUUCCUCACUGGUGAGCAGAUCUCUGUGGCUGAUCUGGUGGCACUGGAGGAGCUGAUGCAGACCUUCUAUGCUGGUUUUGAUGUCUUCGAGGGAAGGCCCAAGCUGGCAGCUUGGCGUGGAAGGGUGGAAGCCACCUUGGGAGAGAAGCUAUGCCAAGAGACCCGGGAAGCCAUCCGUAAACUUUGCGCAGAGCCCAAGUCCUUGAAGGAUAUCCCCUCUGCCACUGUGGAUUGGAUGAGAUUACAUCUUUCAAAGAUCCCCUAAUACAAGACAUUUCCAAACAAUGCUGUCUGUAAUCCGGUCAUCUGCCUUCCUCCUCCUCCUCCUCACUCCAGAUCCUGGACUCUGCCUCUGGGACACUGACAGAUGAACUCUCUCCAGCACUCCAUUCCACUUCCCAACUCUUUCCAAACCAUAUGCCCAUGUCCUCCACCUCUUCCUCAUGGCCUAGCCCCCCUUUCUGUUGUCUCCCCCCCCCCAUUGGGAUGUAAGUUCUGUGAUGGCUGGGACAGUCUUGUUGGCUUAUUUUUGUAUUCCAAGCAUUUGGCAUAGUGCCUGAUACAGAGUAACAACUGAAUAAAUGCUUUUUCAUUCAUU